UCGGGCAGCCCCAGGCCCUGCCAGCCCUCUGAGUCACACUCCCCAUUACCGAAUUUUUUCCGCCUGGCAGCUGUCUGGUGUGGAGGGAGUGUGUGUGUGUGGUGGGGGGAGGUGUAUGUAUGGAGCCCCUUCCUUCUCCUAAGCCUUGACCCUUGGGCUUCCCAGCCCCCUACCCCAGUUACCUCUGGAUACAGUGAAGUUCAACCACUUCCCCUUCAGAUGGGGAACUGGAGCUUCUCAUUCACAUCCUCUAGUAAGGAGGGGAAUGGAGAAAGCUGCUUUGCUUUCCUUUUGCAGUCUCUUAUUCUAACUCAGGAAGUUCCUCCUGGUGUCUGGCUGUAAGCCGUCUUGCUGCUGCGCCGACCACCCCAGGUCUUCUCAGUCCCUAAUCCCAGCAAUGAUCUGACCAGGCUUUCUUGGCCAGACAAGAGAGGAGGCAGGAGGAACCAGUCCCUGCCUGCUCCUCCUCAGUCCUGGGCCUUGGGCGCCUCCGGCAGGCGUUUCCCUCCUUCCCGGGCGCCUUCUCCCACUCCUCUUUACCGUUCACCCCGGCCUUUCCCUGGACUCUGCAAAUAUGAGGGUCUUGGCCUGCCUCCUUGCAACACUAGUGGGGAUCCAGGCUGUUGGUAAGUGUCCCAGACACUCUUCCGUCUGGCAUCUCCCAGCCCCCAUGUGCCCUCCUCUGGCCUGGCCUCACCCUCCUGCUGGGUCCCUGCCCCUUCCCCCCCAUUCCACCAUGACUAUGCCCUUGGCCACUACUCCCUGCUAGAAUCCCCCAGGUGUCUGGUCAUGUCACAUCUCUCUGAGCACCUGGGAGUCCUGGGUCCAGGGUCCAGUGGCCAGGAUGCUGGCCUCUCCAUGGCACCAUACUGGACAGCCCCCAGCUCCUACUGUCACCCUGGCCUUGGGGGCCAUAUGAUCACAGACUUUUCUAUGCCUCCAGAGCGGCUGCGCCUGGCUGACGGCCCCCAUGGGUGUGCUGGCCGCCUGGAGGUCUGGCAUGGCGGGCGCUGGGGCACCGUGUGUGACGACGGCUGGGACCUUCGUGAUGCCGCUGUGGCUUGCCGGCAGCUGGGCUGUGGGGGGGCACUGGCCGCCCCUGGGGGCGCCUUCUUCGGGGAGGGCACAGGGCUGGUAUGGCUCAGCGAGCUGGCCUGUCGGGGCAGCGAGGGGCAGCUGGGCCUCUGCCCCCACCGGGGCUGGAAGGCCCAUAUCUGCUCCCAUGAAGAGGACGCGGGUGUCGUCUGUGCAGGUCAGCGGGUAGCUAAUUCGAGGAACAAUCCUGCUUCCCCGCUGGAUGGGGAUUCGUGGCCAGGGCUGUCCGGGGAGCUGAGCUUCACCUCAGAGGAGCCCCCCAUGACUCCUGCACCCCGCCCAGCAGGGAGCCCCCAGAAUAGCUCCCGGAAGAAGACCCCCCGACCACCCAAGCAGGCCAAGUCCACCCGGGCCCCUUUGCUGACAUCCGGAUCCCCCCGCCAAGAGCGGCUGCGCCUGGUCUCAGGCCCCCAUGGCUGCGCGGGCCGCCUGGAGGUCUGGCAUGGCGGGCGCUGGGGCACCGUGUGUGACGACGGCUGGGACCUUCGUGAUGCCGCUGUGGCUUGCCGCGAGCUGGGCUGCGGGGGGGCGCUGGCCGCCCCUGGGGGUGCCAGGUUUGGGCCAGGCUCAGGGCCAGUGUGGAUGGACGAUGUGGGGUGUGGAGGAGGAGAGCAAGCUCUCCGGGACUGUCCCCGGAGCCCCUGGGGCCGCAGCAAUUGUGACCACAGUGAGGAUGCUGGGCUAGUCUGCACUGGCCCAGCCCCUAGGCUGCGACUGGCGGAUGGCCCCCACGGCUGUGCUGGCCGCCUGGAGGUCUGGCACAGUGGGCGCUGGGGGUCAGUGUGUGAUGAUGCCUGGGACCUCCGAGAUGCUGCAGUGGCCUGCCGGGAGCUGGGCUGUGGGAGGGCACUGGCUGCCCCUGGGGGUGCCUUCUUUGGUGAAGGGUCUGGACCCAUCGUCCUGGAUGAUCUUCGGUGUCGUGGAAAUGAGACAGCCCUGCGAUUCUGUCCAUCGAGGACCUGGGGCCAGCAUGACUGUCACCACCGGGAGGAUGCUGGGGCCGUGUGUGAUGGAAUGCCCCUUGGCUAUGUCCCUCCCACGGCCCCUGCAGUGGACAGUAACACUUCAACAUCCAGGCAAGCGGCUUCUAUGCCCCUGUCCCCCCCGGUGAGCCAGGCCCCAGGGACAGCUGGCAUUUCACCCCCUCCAGCCUCUCCUACUGCCCCUUGGGAGCCUGGACCAGAAGCUGGGUCCCCACAGCUGCGGUUGGUGGCUGGGCCCAGCAGGUGCUCAGGUCGGCUGGAGGUGUGGCACGAUGGGCGCUGGGGGACAGUGUGUGAUGAUAGCUGGGACAUGCGGGACUCAGCUGUGGUCUGCCGGGAGCUGGGCUGCGGUGGACCACGUCAGCCAGACCCUGCUGCUGGCCGCUUCGGCUGGGGUGCAGGGCCCAUCUGGCUAGAUGAUGUGGGCUGUGUGGGGACGGAGUCUUCGCUGUCUGACUGCCCUGCUGCUCUCUGGGGAAAGCACAACUGUGCUCACAAUGAGGACGUUGGGGUCAUCUGCACUGGCCCCCCUGGCCUGGACUCUGUCUCAGACCCCUUCAGUUGGAGCUGGAUCCCUGGAUUGGGUAGAGAUCAGGAUGCCUGGCUCCCAGGAGAGGUGGUGACCAAGCCCUCUGCAAGUUUGACCUCUAGUAUUGCUGAGAAAACUACCACCAAGGUGCCAGGGAAAAUGCCUAAAAGUACUAAAAAGUGGGUAACAAAAAAUACAAAGAGACCAACCACUCAACCCCCAGUAAUGCCAACCACUAAACAUGCCAGGGGACUGGGCACUCAAAGUCCCUCAGCAUUGACCUCAUGGACCACUACAACAUUGACUGCUGAGGCAUCCAGAAGGCUGACUUCUCAGUUUACCACAAGGCUGACCACUGAGGCCCCCCACAGACAGACCUCACACAGGACUGCCAUUCUGACUUCUCAGACUCCCCAAGAACGAAAUUCUACAACCACAGCAAUACUGACUGCUCAGGGACCCCAAGAAAUAACGUCUGAGGCCACCAUCAAGAAAAUCCCUCAGGCUUCCCUGGAGCCAGCUGCUCAGAUCCCAGCAGAAGGGUCUCCAGAGUCACCCAAAGAACCAUCCCUGUCCCCCACUGAGAAAUCAGGUCUGUUCCAGGUUCGUCUGGCUGACGGACCCAACCAGUGUGCAGGCCGGCUAGAAGUGUGGCAUGCUGGACGCUGGGGAACAGUGUGUGAUGACAACUGGGAUCUGCGGGAUGCCACUGUGGCCUGCUGGGAACUGGGUUGUGGAAAGGUCCGGCCCCGAGUGGGAAAAACCCACUAUGGUCCUGGGACUGGGCCCAUCUGGCUGGAUGACAUGGGCUGUAAGGGAAGCGAGACCUCACUGAGCAACUGUCCCUCGGGACCAUGGGGGAAGCACAACUGUGAUCACGAGGAAGAUGUGGGGCUCACCUGCACUGGCUACUUAGAUGAAGAUGAUUAUCCCCCCUGGACCUGGGACCCUUCCUCAGGAGAGGACCUGGCCAAGGGGACCACUGUGGAAGGGGUACCUGGAAAUGCUCUAUCCUGGGCCACGACCAGGCGCCCAGCAGUCUCCUCCCUGUCAACAUGGCGCCUGCCAGACACAGGUGACAAAGAUGGUUACAAACCUCCCUGGAUGUGGAACAAAUCUAUGGGAAGGGGCCUCACCAAGGGGCUCCCCAGCACAGGCAAACCACCCACCCAUGCCACUGGCACCACCAGGAGUCCAGGAAGCCCUCUUCCAGCCCCGAAGUUCUAUGGGAACACAGGUUUCCAGAGGAAACCGUGGCCUGAGCGCCGGCUGCUGCGACCCACUGAGGUCAGGACAGUACCCCCCACCCCGUUCCCAGCUCUCUCCGCCUCGACGGAGCUUCCAAGCCCACCGCUGACCUCUGACUCCCAGCCACAGCUCAUUCUCAACUCGGCUUCAAGACCAGAGGCGACCUCCAACCCUCCUGACACUUCACCACCCACCCCAGAUCCAGCCUCGCGGACGAACCCCGACCUCCUCUUUACAACCCCUCACCUUAUUUUGUCCACCCCCGACUCCAGUGUGAUUCCGAUGUCGACUCCAGAGCUCUCACCUCCCCUACUACCCACCUUGCCCAAAGGGCUGACCUCUGACUCCUCUGUACCGUCUGAAAUGACCCCGGAAUCUGACAUAACCCCAGACUUGGACACAACUCCAUACCCAAAUACAGUCCCAGAAUCUUCCAGCUCCCCAAACCCCUCCACAAGCCCUUGCCAUACUACCACCCCUCACCCCACUGUAACUCUUCAUCCUGCAACCCCUCAACUCACCAUGACCCCUCAACCCCCUACGACACCUUAUCCCGUGACCACCCCUUAUCCCGUGACCACCCCUCAACUCAUCGUGACCCCUCAACCCAUGAUCACCACUGAACCCACCAUGAUUCCUGACCCUACCACCACCCCUAAACCCAUCACCGCCCCUCAACCCACCACUGCCCCUCAACCCACCACAGCUCCUCACCUCACCUCAGCCCCUAUCAUCACUUCUAAGUUUCUUCCAACAUUGUCGGGUACAGAACUUUCCUCACUCACUUCAGCACCCACAAGCAAGCCCAGCCUGUCCCCUGAGCUGAGCUUCACAGCACCUGCCACUCACACCUCCAUUUCCCAGAUGCCAACCCUAGAGCCCUCUCCAACCUUAGAGUCCAGUACCUCCAGUUUCUCCACAGCCCAAAGCAUGGACCCACUGUCCACUGAAGAUUUUGAACCAUCAAGAAGCCAAAGCUCUAAACUAACCUCUUCACCUACCCAGACCCCACACUCAGCCUCUGACCCCAUUAUGACCCCUGACCUCCACCUCUCUUCUAUGGCCCACCCCUUGGAUCAACCUCCUCCUGACCACCUGACCUUAGGGUCACCCGCUGGUCAGAGCCCAGGCCCUGUUGGCCCAUGUGUGGUUCCAACACCACCUGUAAGAGUCAUGGCUUGUGAGCCACCUGCUUUGAUGGAGCUGGUGGCUGCUGUGAGGGAUGUAAGUGGUCAGCUGCAGAGGCUGACCCACGUCCUGGAGCAGGACCGGCAGGAGCGCCAAGCCCUGGGACUGGGGCUGACCCGGUUGGUUGAAGCUGCCCAGGGUCUAGGGCAGCUGGGUGAGGCUAUAAAGAGACUAGCAGAGGUUGCCUGGCCUCCCAGCACACCUGUGCCAACCACCACAACCCCAGAGGAGGAGGAGAGGCCUCUAAGGGGAGAUGUGUGACCUUCAAGAUUCGGUGGGCUUAAGACACUCCCAACCAAAGGAAACCCCCCAAACUAUUAAUUAAAAGCAAGGUAUGAAUGGUGUUUCUGGGGAUCUAGGGGAAUCCUGGAGAGAUAGACCCACAAGAUUGACCUUGAUUUGUGACUACCACAGACGCUAUGCAAGGUGGUGGUGAUGAUCGUGAUAGUGAUGGUAAUUAUGAAAGUGAGGAUGAUGAUUAUGACAGUGAUGAUCAUGAGAGAAUGGUUAUGGUGAUGAGGCAAUGAUGGUAAUAACGGUGGUAGUGGUGAUGAUGGUGAUUAAAGUGAUCAUGGUGGUGAUGGUGAUGAGGACAAUGAUUGUGGUUAUCAUGGUGAUGAUCAUGAUGGUGAUGCUAGUGGUGGUGGUGAUCGUGGUGGUGAUCGUGGUGAUGAUGGUCACAAUGGUGAUAAAGAUGUUCAUGGUGGUGAUGAUCAUGAUGGUGGUUGUGAUGAUGAUGAUGAUGAUGAUGAAGCUUCAUGUGGAUAGGAAUCUUUGCCUUGUUCAUGGCUGUAUGCCUAGCUUUUAAAACAGAGGCUGACACAGAGUGCGCACUCACUAAGUAUUCGUUGAAUGACCAAGUACAUCAUCAUCACAUCAUAAUGACUAAUAUGUGCUGGGUGCUUCCUGUGUGUUGGCUGUUUUAAGAGAUUUGCAUGGAUGAUGUCAUUUUAUCAUAACAAGUGCUUGCCAAGGAGUGUACUGUUUCCAUAGCUCAGCAUACAAGGAGGUGAGCUUUGGAGACUGGGAUUACUGAGCUUGAGUCCGUGCUGGGAGCGAACAUAAGUGAGUUAUUUAACCUCUUGGUCUGAGUUUCUCUGACUAUAAAAGGGGGAUAAUAAUAGUACAUGUACCUCAUGGGGUUCUGUGAUGAUUGAAUGAUAAGUCAACACCUGUUAGAGUGCUGAGGCUGGGGCCUGGCACUUUAUGAGCGCUCAUCAUGUGAGAGUGACUGUUGUGUUCAUCCCCAGUUUACAGAUCUGGGUACUGAGGCACAGGGAGGUUUGGUCACAUGCCCCAGAUCACUCAGGGAACAUGUGGUGGGACCAGGGUUGGUUCUCAGAGCUCUUGCUCUUGAGAAAAUAUUACAUGCUCAUGUAAGACUGGCCUGAGUUCAAGUCAUAGCUGGGCUAUGUCCCAGCCAUGGAACUCUGGCAGUUUUCCUUCCUUCUCUGAGCCUCAGUUUUUUCACAUGUAAAGUGGGGCUACUAAUACCACACACUUCAUGGGGUUGUUGUGAGGAUUAAAUGAGUUAAUGUGGAGAAGAACAGAGCUUGGCACAUAGCAUGUGGUUGUUAACAAGAGUGACAAUUACAGCACCUAACUGUAUUUCUCUGUAUGCCUGACACUGUGUGGACUAUUAAUAUACUACUUCCGGUCCUCACCACAGCCCUUCAAGGGAGAAACUUUGAUCCC